UGGUUAAAGAACAAGCGAGAAACAGGAACACUACUGAAAACAAUCAGUCAAUCGAAUAAAGUGAGGAAAUAAUAACGAAAGAGAAAAGAAAGACGCAAACAACUCCGAAACGCAAACCAGAAAUCGCAAUCAUUUAAAAAAUGCUGCAAUUAUCAUUAGCUGACACUGAAAGUGGACAAAUAAUAAACUUUUGAUGCCUCCGUUUAUCGCGUCCCGAGCUGACAUCUACUUCGGAUUACGAUGUCCAGGUUUAUAAACUGCCGUAAUUUAAUAAAUAUAACGCCAGUUUUACGAGCGCAAUUUUCCCAAGUUAUCGAUUGUUCGGUGUGAUUUCCAACUGGAUUUAAAUCUUAUUUUCAAGCAAAAAUCGCGGUUCAGCUCCCUAGGAGCCAGUUUUUUUACCAGCGAAAUGUUUGGGAAGUUAAUCAAAAGAAAACAGCCAGCAAGUCAAAUAAGCAUGUUCCAAUAGAGUUACAUCGAAAGCUGAUCCUCCAUUCCAAAGUUCCAAAGCAUCUUGCUUUAAUAUUUGUUUGCUCAAUCUGAUGGCUUACAAUAAACAGUGCCAAAUCACCAAUGGUUUAUUUGCAUUUUAAAUAAAUACUAGAAUUUAUGCGCUUUUCAAAUAGCACUUCUUCUGAACAUCCAGACAUUUAUUAUGAUGAAUUUUCACUCGUAAACCGCGACCUGAACCAUGUCGGUUUAUUUGCCUGUUCGAUAUUGAGACGAUUCCUCUGAUCGGGUUUUGGUUUUUAAAAGCGAUGCCAACGAUCCUCAGAUGAUUGGCUCGGAUUGAAUUCGCUUAACCAAACGAGGAAAAACUUCUACUUUCCGAGAAAGUUUUUAAUUUGAUCCAACCUUACACACAACACUCACAAAACCCACACACUUGCAACUAACCCCUGGUGACUAACCCCGAACCCUGGCCUCCUUUGCCGUUCUUCCAGCCACUGUUGUUCAACACGCUCCAGGUGCGGUCCGCCCUCGGCGCUGCUCAGCGACGGAAGCUCAGCUUCAAGAAUGUCAGCAAUGUGGUAGUGCAGCUGCUCCACUCGAUCAAGUACUCGAUGGAGGUGCCGUUCAGCAAUAUGGCGCUGCAGCCCGAACUCAAAUCGACCAGUACCCGAAAGGAUGCGGUAGCAGACCUGCAGAGGGUGCUUCACAGAGACCCUUCGGGUGAACCGGUACAAGAUGCUCAGUCUAGUAGGAAUGUGCUAGAACUGCAAAGGGUGCUCCACGCCGAAAUUUCACCCUCUCAAGACCAAACUCGAUCGACCAUUCAGGCCACAAGCAGCCAUAAUAAAGUGACGGAGAAGUUUAAAAGGCCCUUUAAAAAGCGCCAUUCCAGUGUCUACCAUCAGCCGUCCAAUCGCGUGAAUAAGUAUCUGGCGCAGGCCAUUGAAGCGCGAAGUGUGGAUAGGGAAAAGUCCACUCAUGUCAGCCUCUUCACAUUGUGCUUCAAGGACAAGAACAAAGAAAGUCAAUAUCACGGCGAUUUGGACGUAGGCUACAGCUCCACUUUGGCUUGCGCUCUUGUUCUUCUUCUCCUGCUCGGCACUCUUCAGGCCACAGUUCUGCCCCGCACCAUCAUCCUGCUGCUGUUGUUCCUUGUGGCGUUCAUCUGGAUCUCUGCCCUGCUCAUAUUGCUGCUGGCAGUGCGCUUGAGGUGGAUUCUAUGGGAUAUUUCCCAUAGUUUCGUUCUGCGACUGGCCAUCACCAUGUUCACCAUCGUGCUAAUCUACACAAUGGCCCAAGUUAAUGUGUUCACGUGCAGGGCGGAGGAGCCGUGCAUUUCCCACAGUACUCUGAACGUCACUCUGGAUACUGGAUCGCCCUUGGAAAGGGACCAUCGAGCGUGCCCAUUGCCUCAAUACAUUGUUCUAUCUUGCGCUCUUGGGUACUUGGCAGUGGCCAUCUUCUUGAGGCUCCCCAUCCUACUGAAAGCUUCUCUCCUUUUUGUGAUGUCCACCAUUUACGUCCUCCUCAUCGAGCUGUCUCAUAUCGACCUCUUCAACUGUUACGAUAGCCGAGUGGGAUCAGUGAUUCCAGUGCAUGUGCUCAGCGUGGUUGAGGUGCUGAUGUUUGUGCUGGCCGUUCUUCUACAUGGCAGGCAAGUGGAAUGGACGGCCAGGCUGGAUUUUCUCUGGCAGGUGCAGGCCAACGAGGAAAAACGGGAGAUGGACGCGUUGCAGCACUCCAAUAAGAGGAUCCUGUUCAAUUUGCUGCCUGCCCACGUUGCAACUCAUUUUCUGGAUAAUCAGUUCCGAAGCAAUAUGAAUACUCUAUCACAGGAACUGUACCAUCAAAGCUACUCGCGCGUGGGUGUGGUUUUCGCUUCGAUCACCAACUAUCACGAGUUUUACACCGAACUGGAUGGCAACAAUCAGGGCGUCGAAUGCCUUCGGCUAUUGAACGAAAUCAUAGCCGAUUUUGACGACCUGCUCAGCGAGGAGCGGUUUAAGGCGAUCGAUAAGAUUAAAACUGUGGGUUCUACGUAUAUGGCAGCGGUUGGCCUGAUGCCCGAUCUGCGGAUUCUGGACGAGGAUGAGGCAACAGCUGGACUGCAUCUGGGCACUUUGGUCGAGUUUGUGUUCGCCAUGCGAGAACGUUUGCUCAACAUAAACGAAAACUCGUACAACAACUUCAUGCUGCGCGUCGGUAUCAACAUUGGGCCCGUGGUGGCAGGCGUGAUUGGGGCUCGAAAACCUCAAUACGACAUCUGGGGGAACACCGUAAAUGUGGCGAGUCGGAUGGACUCAACCGGGCUACCCAACCACACUCAAGUUACCGAAGAAGUUUACCAAGUGCUGAAGAAUCAUCCCUACGAAUUCCAAUGCCGAGGCAAAGUGAAAGUGAAGGGAAAAGGCGAUAUGACCACAUACUUUUUGAUCGACAGGAAGCAGCCCGGCACGUUACGAGUGGAGGAGUUGAAUAGUAUCCGAACCAACCCCAACAAUGUUAACA